AUGCCGCAGUCCCAGAAAUCCAACCACCCGUCGUUGCCGCCGGAGGGAUGGAUGACGGAGAUACAGUACCUCGACCGCACGGCCUCUGCAGUUCGGGCGAGCCUCGGCAGUGCAGCGCUGAACACCAACAGGUCUCCUUCCCAGUGCCGCAAAAGCUUCGGCCAAAUCACGGUUGGAGCCCAAGCUCCCAACCACCAAAGCUCAAAUCACAGAGGGAAGAGAGGGGAGACAGAAAAUUGUCCUCCCUCUGUGGAUGACAUGUGGGACUACUUCCUCAACGAACCGAAGGUAAAGAGGCCCUGGCCAAGCUCAAAUGUGGAGGAGGAAGAGGAGGACAAGGACGAGGAUGACGGCAGCGAUGGUGAGGACGACAAUGACGAUGAGGAGGAGGAUGGCGGCAACGACAAGGACGAGGAUGGCGAUAAUGACUACUACUUCUUCGUCGUUGUGGCUAACCGGUAG